CACGUAGACCCAAUUGGAACCCCGGACAGAAAGGUACCCAACGAUGCGCUCUUCCAAGUGGCUGCUUCCGCUGAUGCUGAUGCUCCUGGUGCUGCUCCAUCACCAGGUGAAAAGUGAAGAGAGCCACUGCACCUCGGUGGCGGGAAUGGUCAAGUUGCUCGAUCUGGAGGCUCAGCUUAUCGAUAACCUGGCAGAUUACGCCGGCGAACUGGAAGAAAAGCUAGAGAAUGUAAAAAGAAACAUUGCCAAAAUGCGAUUGGAAAACGACAGAGCUCGAAGCUCUACUGAGGAGUAUCUAUCCAAUCCCCUGAACUCGUUUUCCCUGAUCCGCCGCAUGAAUCGUGACUGGAUGAUGUGGCAGCUCUACAUGGACGAUCCAGUGGGUCUGUCGCAGGUGGAGAAGGUCCAGGAGCUUAGAGAGCAUAUGCCCACUAAUACAGAUGUGGAGGAGGCUGUGACCGCCUUGGAUCGCAUUCAAAGCACCUAUGGCCUUAAAGUGGCUCACAUUGCCCAAGGGCUGCUCAAUGAAAAACAGUACAAUGUGAGUCUAAAUGUUUUGGACACUUAUGCCAUGGGUCAAAUACUCUUUGAUCAAAGCAGAUAUUGGGCAGCUGCUGGCUGGCUGUAUCAGUCGAUAGUUUUGAUGGAGCUUAACACACUUACAGCUCCCCUGGAGGUUUCCAAAAGCGAAGUUCAAAUGGCCUAUGCGGAAGUUCUGCUGAAAAUGAACCAGCAAGCGGAUGCCCUGAAAGUUGUCAACAUUGCACUGACUGAUAAGCCGCAUGAUAUUAAACUGUUGAUGAAGAAGUCGGAAAUUGAAACGAUGAUAAGGACGGGCACCAAAAAUAAUGUGCCGAAGGUUCAGCAGGGAGCUGUGGGACCGAAUGCCUACCAGAUGGGCUGUCGAGGUCAGUUCCCACCGUCCGCGGAUGGGAGGCUCCACUGUCGCUAUAACAGCACCACCUCUCCUUUUCUGAUCCUCGCUCCUUUUAAAAUGGAACUGGUGGGUCUGGACCCGUACAUGGUGAUCUACCACGAUGUGGUCUCUGCUGAAGAGAUUAAGGAACUACAAGGAAUGGCCACUCCGGGUCUUAAAAGGGCCACUGUUUUCCAGGCCUCCUCCGGUCGCAAUGAAGUGGUGAAGACCAGGACCUCCAAGGUGGCCUGGUUCCCCGAUUCCUAUAGCCCUCUCACUGUUCGCUUAAAUGCCCGUGUCGCCGAUAUGACCGGGUUUAAUCUCUACGGCUCUGAGAUGCUGCAGCUAAUGAACUAUGGUCUGGGUGGCCACUACGAUAAGCACUACGACUUCUUCAACCAAACUAAUUCCAAUCUGACGGCCAUGAGUGGCGAUCGUAUUGCCACUGUACUCUUCUAUCUUACGGAUGUAGAGCAGGGCGGUGCCACGGUCUUCCCAAAUAUUCAAAAAGCUGUUUUCCCUCAACGCGGAUCAGUCGUAAUGUGGUACAACCUCAAGGACGACGGUCAACCCAAUACUCAAACUCUUCACGCCGCCUGUCCUGUUAUAGUGGGAUCUAAAUGGGUAUGCAACAAAUGGAUUCGAGAGCGCGAUCAGCUAUUCAGCAGGCCUUGCCUUAAAAAGUGAAUGUGAUUCUCAAGUAAACUAAAAUUAGCAAUGUAAUAUUAAACACCCACUAUGAAACUCAAUAAAGUGAA